UUUCUCAUCAGACAAAUAAAUUCGCCCUCUCUCAUCAUAAUCAUAAUCAUUUCUUCCGCGGAAUCAAAGCCAAAGAAAGAAGAAAACCCCCACGAGAAACCCCUCCGCCGCCCAGAUUCGACACGAAUCCAUCUUCUUCGCCGGAAAGAGCUGGACCCCGACGGUUGCAGGUCGUCGGAUUCUCGCGGGAAACUCGUAAUGUUGCAGCUCUUCUUCGCGGUGGCGUUCUCGGCGGUGCCGUUGACGCUCUACAUCCCGCCGAUCCGCUCCCUGAACCUGUUCGUGGAGACGAUCGAGGAUCUGCUCCGUCAGAUGGCCGUCCAUACUAUCCGGACGUAUCCUCGGAUACGCUUCGGCUUCUCUCGCAUCCUCAACAACCUCCUCCAUCUCGCCAGGCUAGCUGAUGAUAGAUAGAGAUCGAAUCGGCUGAGAAGUUCUUUAGCAGAUUUUCGUUUACUACUCUGAAUUAGGUUUUGACCGAUUAGUUCUCUUCGUGUGAUGGAUUU